GUUAGAGGGCUUCGUAACGCAGAACUCUCUGGUGUUUUGGUGAAGUGAAAGUCGAUGUCACAUGUCCUCUACAUCAAGGGUGGUUGUUUAACAAGCAGCUUGAGAUCUCAGGACAGACCGAACUAAACUAAAGUGUGUGAUUUGAAAACUUCUAUUUAAUUUUCUUCGUCCAGAGUGAGCUGCCACUGCGGGAAGAUGAUGAGCAGGGCUCUUGUGACGAGGAAACUCCUAGGGACCAUGUGUGGGACUUCUGGCCCUCGACUGAAUUAUACACAAACUGCUGUCAGUGCUGCUCUUGUUCACACAGAGAUCAUCAAAAGCAGGGAGCUUGAAAAAGAUGAAUUGCGACCACUGUACAUGGACUUUCAAGCCACAACACCAAUGGACCCGAGAGUCCUGGAUGCUAUGCUACCCUAUCAAGUGAAUUAUUAUGGCAAUCCUCACUCCAGAACUCAUGCUUAUGGGUGGGAAAGCGAAAGCGCGAUGGAGAAAGCGAGGAAACAAGUAGCCGACCUAAUUUCUGCUGAUCCCCGGGAGAUUGUGUUCACCAGCGGUGCCACUGAGUCCAACAAUAUGUCGAUCAAAGGUGUGGCCCGAUUUUAUAAGGCGAAGAAGAAGCACAUCAUUACGACUCAGACGGAGCACAAGUGUGUCUUGGACUCCUGUCGUGUCCUGGAGGCUGAGGGCUUUGAUGUUACAUACUUACCUGUGAAAAACAAUGGUCUGAUUGAUCUUGAGCAAUUAGAGGAAGCCAUUCGGCCUGACACAAGCCUGGUGUCAGUGAUGACUGUCAACAAUGAGAUUGGUGUCAGACAGCCAGUCAAAGAAAUAGGUCACCUCUGUCGAUCCAAAAAUGUGUUCUUCCACACUGAUGCUGCUCAGGCUAUUGGAAAGAUCCCAGUCAAUGUGUCCGAUUGGAAAGUGGAUCUGAUGUCCAUCAGCGGGCACAAGAUAUAUGGUCCUAAAGGGGUUGGAGCAUUGUAUGUGCGUAGGCGGCCCAGGGUUCGAUUGGAGCCCCUGCAGAAUGGUGGGGGUCAAGAGAGGGGCCUCCGGUCAGGCACUGUUCCCACUCCUCUGGCUGUGGGACUUGGGGCUGCAUGUGAGAUUGCCCAACAAGAGAUGGAGUAUGAUCAUAAGCGAGUGACCAUCCUUGCAAAUCGCCUUGUUCAAAAAAUAAUGUCUGAGAUUCCAGAUGUGGUGAUGAAUGGAGAUCCAGAGCAAAGAUACCCAGGUUGCAUUAAUUUGUCUUUUGCCUAUGUUGAGGGAGAGAGUCUGUUGAUGGCCUUAAAGGAUGUUGCGCUUUCAUCUGGCAGUGCUUGCACAUCUGCAUCACUGGAGCCAUCGUAUGUACUGAGAGCAAUAGGAGCAGAUGAGGAUUUGGCCCAUUCUUCCAUCAGGUUUGGAAUUGGGCGAUUUACUACAGAGGAGGAAGUGGAUUAUACAGCAGAGAAGUGUAUUCAGCAGGUCAAACGACUCAGGGAAAUGAGUCCUCUGUGGGAGAUGGUGCAGGAAGGCAUUGACCUGAAGAGCAUCAAGUGGACACAGCACUGAGGUGACUCCGCAGGCUGAAGACGCGGUAGAAACUGCCACCGUGCGGAUAGCUUGUCUGACAUGCCAAACCUGGGAUCUCUAGGACCUAUCUUUUCUCAAAGAAACACGCACAAUUUUCUCUCUCUUAAUUUGGGGAUUAAGUAAAUGGAUAUUUGUAUUUGGAUGAUAUUAUUUUGUUAUUUUGUCUCUCGUGGAAUCUUGCAGGUGUGUAAAUUGUGCUCAAUUAAUUGAUCACAAAACUGAACCUUUUCAGAUAUGACAAAACUACCCUCUGCUAUGGAGUAUUUUCAUGAUCAUUCUGAGAGUAUUUUGGCCUAUAUUAUAAACUUACAGUUAUUUACAUUCUACAUCCAGUUCUGGUCUGUGUGACAAUUACUCCAGUUUUCAGGGAUUUUCAUUAUCACAUAUACUCACUGUAGGCAAAAUCCAGAACAUGUCAGUAAGUUUUAGAACAUAACCCAAAAAUAACCCAGUAAUAAAACCGCUUCAGCAGUAGGGGUCAUAGUUUACCUUCUCAGAUUUCCUCUCUGUAUGUGACUGUCGCUUCAUGUACUGAUCAAAAACAGUUUAAUUCUUCACAGCAUAAACCCAUUCACAGUCACUGUUUUAGUCAUGACUAGUGUUUCUGUGUUUACUGUUGCAAUAAAGCAUGUGUUACAUUGAUGGAAUAGGCAGAUACUGUUAUAACUUAUUCUGCCGACACAGUUGUAGUGUUUGUCAACCAGCCAAGCCCAUAAAUUCCAUAUACAUACACAUAUUUAUAUAUAAUUACGUAGUUGAUCAAAUAAAAUAUCAUACUUUGGCUUGAGCACUUAAAAACACAGUAAAUGAGAAUUAAGGUUAUUUGCAUCAUAUGUGCAUUCAACAUAUAGUUUUCAAUUACUGCUGAAAUUAUCAGGGCACUACACAUUAGAUACCAUAUGCUCUGUCGCUGUUAACACUGGAAUUAUUCAAUAUGACUACAUGUCUCAUACCAAUAAACAAAAAUAAACA